UCCGGCCCUCGUGCCGCCCCGCAGAGAGAUGCCUGCCGACGCGGAGCGCGAGCCGCAGCAGCUGCAGAACUACUGGUCGGAAGUGCGCUACAUGGUCCGCUGCAUCUACCGCCAGGCGGGCACCCCGCUGGCCGACGACCAGGACCAGUCGCUGGUGCCCGACAAGGAGGGGGUGAAGGAGCUCGUGGAUAGGCUCUGCGAGAGGGACCCCUACCAGCUGUACCAGCGGCUGGAGCAGCAAGCCAGAGAGUACGUGCUGGAGAUGAAGGUCCGGCUCCUGCGGCAGCUGUCGGCCGCGUCCAAGGUGAAGGCGCCCGCGUCCCUGCAGGGCCCCCCGCAGGCGCACCGCUUCAUCUCCCUGCUGCUCGAGGAGUACGGCGCGCUGUGCCAGGCCGCCCGCACCGUCAGCACCUUCCUGGGCACGCUGGAAAACGAGCACUUAAAGAAGUUCCAGGUGACUUGGGAGCUACACAAUAAGCACCUGUUUGAAAAUCUGGUCUUCUCGGAGCCCCUCCUCCAGAGCAACUUGCCAGCCCUGGUGUCGCAGAUCAGGCUGGGGACCACGACGCACGACAGCUGUGGCGAGGACACGUACGGCGCCUUGCUGCAGCGCUUCCAGCGCUCGGAGGAGGAGCUGCGCAGGGUGGCCGGGGAGUGGCUGGAGUGCCAGAAGAGGAUCGACGCCUACGUGGACGAGCAGAUGACAGUGAAAACCAAACAGCGCACACUGACGGACGACUGGGAGCUUCUUAAACACCGGCGCUUCCUGGAGGAGCAGUUAACGAAUAAGAAAGUGGUCACUGGUGAGAACAGCUUCACGGACGCCAUGAGGCACGUGCUGUCGUCCCGGCUGAGCCUGCCCGACUGUCCCAACUGCAGCUACCGGAGACGGUGUGCCUGCGACGACUGCAGCCUCUCACACAUCCUCACGUGUGGUAUCGUGGACCCCCCCGUCACCGGCGACGCCCACAUUCACCAGCUGCCACUCCAAGUGGGUUCUGCUCCCGACUGUCUCUCUGAGAUGCGCCCACCUAGUGUCUCAUCCGCAAGCUCAGGGUCAGGCUCCAGCUCUCCCAUCACCGUCCAGCAGCACCCCAGACUCAUCCUCGCAGAGAGCGGCUCCGCACCGACUUUUUGCAGUGACGACGAGGAUGUCGCUCCCCUGUCGGCUAAAUUCGCUGACAUCUACCCGCUGAGCAACUACGCGGACGCCGAGGUGGUGGCCCACAUGAACGGGAUCCACGGCGACCUGAAUGGCGGCGGGGAGAACAUGGCCCUGAAGGACGAGUCCCCGCAGGUGAGCAGCACCAGCAGUAGCUCUUCAGAAGCCGACGACGAAGAGGCGGACGGCGAGAGCAGUGGGGAGCCGCCAGGAGCCCCGAAGGAAGAUGGGGCUCUGGGAAGCGGGAGCCCCAGGGCCGAGGAGAGUAAAGUGGACAGUCCACCCCCGUCGCACCCAACCCAGCAGGUUGAACAAGCUCCAGACACUUGUGAAUGUCAUGUUUGUAAGCAAGAAGCUUCUGGACUGCCAGUGUCAGCGAUGACGGCUGGAGCCCUUCCUCCAGGCCAUCAGUUCAUGAGUCCAGAGAAGCCUACGCACCCCGCUUUGCAUCUGUACCCCCACAUCCACGGACACGUGCCUUUGCACGCCGUCCCACACCUGCCGCGCCCUCUCAUCCACCCCACCUUGUACACAGCACCCCCCUUCACACACAGCAAGGCUUUACCGCCAGCACCUGUUCAGAAUCACACAAAUAAGCAUCAGGUAUUCAAUGCAUCUCUUCAAGACCAUAUAUAUCCAAGCUGUUUUGGGACCACUCCAGAGUGGAAUAGUUCUAAAUUUAUAAGUCUUUGGGGAUCAGAAGUGAUGAAUGAUAAGAACUGGAGUCCUGGCACUUUCUUGCCAGAUACAAUUUCUGGGGCCGACGUCUCAGGGCCCACGCUCUCGGAAACAAGGCCCGAAGCCCUUCCGCCGCCAUCUGGCAGUGACGCCCCUGCAGCUUUGGAUUGUAAAGAGAAAAAAAAUGCUGCGAAGAAGAAAUGUUUGUACAACUUCCAAGACGCUUUUAUGGAAGCAAACAAAGUCGUGAUGGCCACCUCGUCGGCCACCUCCUCCGUGUCCUGCACGGCCACCACGGUGCAGUCGAGCAACAGCCAGUUCAAAGUGUCGUCCAAGAGGCCUCCUUCCUUAGGCGAGGUCUUCCACGGCAUGAGCACGGAGGAGCAUAGGCGCGCGGUGCCCGCCACCCCGAGGAGCAGCCCCACGGGCCUGGCGCCGCUUCCCGCCCUCGCCCCUGCCGCCCUCCCACCAGGCCCCGCACCUCACCUCAGCAGCCUGGCGGCCCCAGCCUUCCCCAAAACUGCGGCCGCGUCUCCCAGCUUCGUGGAUGCACGCAAGAGCUUCUGCCCUGCUUCUGUGGCCCCCCCGCCCCCCACCACCGACGGCUCCAUGAGCGCGCCUCCCAGCGUCUGCAGUGACCCCGACUGCGAAGGGCACCGCUGUGAGAACGGCGUGUACGACCCGCAGCAGGACGGCGGGGACGAGAGCGCGGACGAGGACAGCUGCUCCGAGCACAGCUCCAGCACCUCCACCUCCACCAACCAGAAGGAGGGCAAGUACUGUGACUGCUGCUACUGUGAAUUCUUCGGCCACGGCGGGGUAAGUGCCGGCAGCCCCGCCUGCCUCUGGGGCACAGGCGGGGCGCGGGGGUCAGGGAGUGAGAGUCACCUUGGUGUCGUGUGCGUCAGGUGCGUGUUUAAAGGAGAAAUCGUAGAGUGUGCAAGACCGACAUGCCAGGCCGACGUCGGGCCGUGGUUGUGUUGUGUGCUUCGCCUGCGGCUGACCAAGAGGAAGGAGGAGCAGCCGAAGAAAGCGGACCCGCUCUCGGAGAGCGUGGUGGACCACCGGCGCGUGGAGGACCUGCUGCAGUUCAUCAACAGCUCGGGGCCCAAGCCGGCGAGCAGCUCGCGGGCGGCCAAGCGGGCCCGGCACAAGCAGAGGAAGCUGGAGGAGAAGGCUCGCCUGGAGGCCGAGGCCAGGGCGCGGGGUCACCUGCACCUCCGCGGGGAGCAGCGGCCGGAGGACGAGGACUUUGAGCGGCUGCAGGAGCUUCGGAAACUGAGAGCUGUGAAGAAGAAGAAGGAGGAGGAGGAGAGGCCGGGCCGAGAGCGCCCCAAGUCGGACAGGCUCCCCGCGGGUCCCCAGGCAGCCACCGAGUCGGGGCCCGACCCUGAAAGCCCCCACGGUGGCCCCCUGGAGCACACUGGCGAACCGGACGCCUCCCCUCACUCUCCUUCCAGACACGCCGACCACACAGAGCCCCACACAGAGCCCGGCCCGGGGGCGCCCACGGACAGCAGGGACUCCAAGCUCCUCCCCACGAAGGAGGCCAGCGGGAGGCCGCAGGAGACGCUGUCUUUUCUCCUGGACAUCAUGCACCGCCACAAGGAGAGCCCGGGCCGGCAGAAGCUGAGGCAGGCCGCGAAGGCCAGCAGCGAGCCAGCAAGGAAGCCCGUGGAGCCCCCCAGAGCCUCAGAGGGCCAGCCCCGGCCCCGGCCCCAGGCCGAGUCCAAGCCGAAAGCGCCCGACCUCGCUUUCCUGGUGGAGCAGAAAAGAGAGGAGCGAAAGGUCAAUAGCAACAACAACAACAGGAAGCCGCUGAACCACAUCAAGGAGGAGAAGCCGGCCCCGGGCCCCGCGGAGCCCGCCUCCCCGGGUGCACACCUGCAGGGUGCACACCUGCAGAACGGCAAGCUGGCGCUGGCCGACGGCCCGCAGCCCCGGGCCAAGAACAAGAGAAACAAGAAGAAGAAGGCAGACCGAGGCCACAGCUCCAUCGAUGACGUCUUUCUGCCUAAAGACAUCGACCUGGACAGUGUGGACAUGGACGAGACGGAGAGGGAAGUGGAACAUUUCAAAAGAUUCUGCUUGGAUUCCGCCAGACAGACCCGGCAAAGACUGUCCAUCAACUGGUCCAAUUUUAGCUUGAAGAAAGCCACCUUUGCUGCCCACUGAACCAGGGCCACCCGGAGAGGGACGCGCGGGUGGGGUCCAGGCCCCGGUGCUGCCGUGCUCGCCCAGGCUGUGCCGGGUGGGCCACCGCCCCCAAGACCCCCCGACGGAGGACGCGCCGUCCGCUCUGCGCAGUCUGUGAGCCCGCCUCGGCCGGCGGACCGCCGCGCCCCCCACCGCGCCCGGGACGAGUGCAGCAUCCACGUGGCUCCGUCGCCUCUGCAUCUCGCCCUGUCCUGUCAUCUGUCCCUGCCCGCCGGGCCGUCGCCGCCGCUCAGCUCCCACCCGAGGCGUGCGGGGGGCGGGCGGGCGCUAUCCGUUCUCCACAAUCUACUGGUUAAGAGUGUACACGUCGCGCUGUUUGUGUCUGACCCCCCGACUUGUAGCCAGCUGUGUAAGACCCCUUUGCAGAAUGAGAAAGUUCAAAAACAAAACCCACCCAGUACUCACACCAUCAAGUCUGUUAGAGAGUGUCCGACUGUAUUAACACGGAGGCCGCCUGGCUACUUUUUUAACAUAUUGUUAAGUAAUAUUAAAAUCAUGUCUUUCUUUUUGAAAGAUGGAAUACAUUAGUACAGCAGAA